UGGAGUUCAGUGAACGUAACACGACCCUCACCCAGCACCUGUGUCUUGUCACCACGGUUACUGCGCUUACAGGACAGUGAGGUCACAGCGCGCUGCUUUACUGUUUGCUCCUGUUUGGCUCUGCAGAGCAAAAACACAGCCGAGCUUCACUUUACAUCCCAGCUGCAGGGCGAGAGGCAGAGCACACCUGGACACGUCACCACAUGAAGAAAACAGGGAGCUGUGAGAGUUGAACCUGUGGUCUCAUGACUGCAGGGGGAGCUGCUUUACCUGCUGAGCCACUGAAGACUCCGGUCCAGCCUGAACCUGAGCUAACAGCAGUGUGAACCACAGAGAGCCGCACAGUUGCAGCAUCUGCACGUCACCUCAGAGGCUCUGAUUGGCUUAUACGAGCACCAAACAUGGACUCCUCCUCCACAGGGGACGCAGCCUUCAUGCUCAGUUUCUGUGCUGAGGCUUGUUUUCCUGCUCAGACUGUGUGCAGGUGUGUAGUGAAGGACCCGAGUCUGUUUUCUGCGUCAGGCUUCAUCCUGCUGAGGCUUCAUCAGCGCUGAAGAUGGUCCACGAGGGAACAACGCUACAUCCAGCCCGGAGCGUCAGCAUCACAGCGUGGGUUCGACUCCCACUGCAGCGUUGACCUGUGUGUCAGCGGUCACCAUGGAGACAGUGGUGGGCCACGUCGGGACAAAGGUGAUGCUGCCGUGUCGCACAGGGGCAGGCAAACAGGGCGGAGUGGAGGUGUGCUGGGGGCGGGGCAAACCUUCACUGUUCACCUGCCACAACGCUGUGAUCAACAGCGCUGCAGCCCGCAUCACCUACAGGAAGUCACAGAGGUACUCUGUGUCUGCCUCCUCCUCCUCUCUGUCCAUCUUCCACUCACAGCCGUCAGACUCGGGUUUCUACCACUGCAGAGUUCAGGUGCCCGGACUCUUCAAUGACCAGACCUUCACUGUCCACCUCAUCAUCCUCAGCAGCCCUCGCUCUGUGGCCGUAACAGAAAACACUGAGCUCUCAGACGGGGACCUGAACGCACCGCACACCACCACAGGUCACAUCGCCCAGGAGGCAGGAAGUGACAUCACAGGAGACGACACCACGCAGCCAGUGGUGGCUCUGGUUCAGUCAGCUGAGCAGCAGGUAAACGUUCUGCAGACGUUUGUUGGAAACACAGUGAGAGCUUCCUCCCUCGUCUUCAUCCCAGCUCUGCUGCUGACCGCAGCUUACAGAGUCUGGAGGUCCAAACAGGAAGCAAAGAGGAGGCCAGACCAAUCAGAGAAGGAGGAGGAGAGCAGCGCCGUGUGACACCGACCUGAUUAUGAAAGUGUUUGAAUUCCCAUCUGGAACGUCUCAGAAAGCCUCAGUCGAACGUUCUCUGCACAAGAAGCAAAAUGAAUCUGCUGCACUCACCUCAGGAGUGACGUCACUCAUGUCACAGGUGGACGCCCUCGCCCCUGAGUGACACGUGUCCUCUGUGAGCUGUGACAGGAGCGAUGUUUGUUAAUAAACUCCAUCGUCAGACUGUGUUUAAUGUGUUUAAUAAAGUUUUCAUGUAAACAGUGAAGAAGUCACUCAGUGUAACUCAGGUAACUGACUCCGCCUGUCUGACAUCAUCAACAACGUACCUUCAGUCAGCUUUUAGCCUCAUGCUCGGUCUGAGCUCCAGCAGGUCAUCUCCACAUGUCUACCCGCCUAAAUGCUGAGAGCAGGCCUGUGAUUGGCUGAUUAAAUAUUUGGACUAACGGUGUACCCAAUAAAGUGGCUGCUCUGCCUGUUUCCUUGUUCUUGUGCUUCACACAGUUUGCAGAACUUUGUAAGGAAGCUGCUGAUAACAGUAAAAACGUUGGCUCAGGUCUCACCACGCUGAGCUGUCACUUUAUUAGGUACACCUGUCCCACAGCAGCAGCAGCUCAUGUGGAGCUCAGAGCGACCAUCAGGACAAAGAUGGCUGAACAGGUUUGUUGACGUCACGCAGGCUGCUGUGCUGGGGUUUUCAGCUCCAGGGUUUACUGGGAAUGGUCCAACAUGAGGAAAUCUCCAGUGAGCAGCAGCUCCCUGUGAGAGGAGCAUGUCACAGCAGCAGCUCCAAUACCAGAGUGUGCAGGAGAGCCUCCAUUGUCAGCAUCAGCAGGACAGCUGUGGGUCAGUCGGAGAGGGUGGAGUGUUUGAGGUGUCUGCCCCACGCUCUGAUCUCAUAUUAUUUGAGCCUGUUAGCAGCACAGCUCUCAGCCUCAUGGCCAUGCAGGCUGCAGACACCUGUCCACGUCAGGCACGAGGUACAGAAAACACCUGUUAGUUUUACAUGUUUUAUUGUUUUUAUUCACUUCCGUUAUUUUUUUAUGAGGUUGCAUGUUUGCUUUUUGUUUUUGUUUGUUUGGUUUCUUAAUAAGUGAAAAGAUUUCUAAACUGUCGAAAUGUCCCCUCCUGCUGUUAUCAGCUGUAGUACUGCUGUCAGACAGCAGGGGGCAGGCCGACCAUCGUAGUUAUGUCAUGGUCGCGUUCAGGUAAUACACGUUGUGGAUAAAACGAGUACUGCAGGAUUAGGAAAAGAACUACUCCUCGUUAGUAUAGUGGUGAGUAUCCCCGCCUGUCACGCGGGAGACCGGGGUUCGAUUCCCCGACGGGGAGAAAAUCUUUUUCACCUCCGUGAUUCACACAUACAGAC